UUGCCAUAAUGAGUGAAGGCUCGGAGAGCUGUGCUGUGCCCUACUUUCAUAGUGGAGCGAUGCUGCGUUGAGAGGGUUGGUAGGAAUCUCCCAGAAUGCCCCGUGGAGACAGCGACUGGGGCAGGAUGCUGCCUCUGUGCUGCUGUUAGCCGGUUAGCAUCGUUGCAGCGCGCGCGCUGACAUUUCCAGCGUUCGACCAGGCGCUCGUGGAGGUGACCGAGUGGAGUGGAGGGCGUGCGCGCGCGGCAGGAUAAGACCUUCGCUUGGACCAGACAGACAGGUAGGGGGUCCACCGCCGGACGGAGCAUGGACCCCCUUAUCGCCCUAACGUGCACGCAGGAGGAGAGAAGCGAGACCUUUAGCGGUCGCCUCGGAGCCAGCGGCGGGGAAGCGGGAGAGCAAAAGCCGGACUGCGCGAGGGACGAGGCGGCCGCGGGGGACAGAGAGGAGCCGCUGGAGGAAAAAAUGAAAGGUCUGGCUUUCAGGAAACAGACUUCAUACAGGAAAGCCAUAUCUCGCUCAGGCCUGCAGCACCUGGCCUCAGUCCAGAAACCUCUCCCUGCUGUGACCAACGGACCAGCCAAGGAGCUGCGUGCCACCAUCGACUGGAGUGAGAAUGCAGUAAAUGGGGAGCACCUGUGGCUGGAGACCAACUGCUCUGGAGAGAUGUGUUACCUGGGUGAGGAGACAUGCAUGGUGAAGAUUACAAAGUCGGCUCCCCGGAGGAAAUGUGCAGCGUGUAAGAUCGUCGUUCACACAGCAUGCAUCGAGCAGCUGGACAAGAUCAAUUUCCGCUGUAAGCCUACGUUUAGAGAGGGAAACUCUCGAAACAUCCGAGAUAACGUGUUAAGACAUCACUGGGUCCAUCGACGGCGGCAAGAGGGAAAAUGCCGUCAAUGUGGCAAGAGUUUCCAGCAGAAGUUCUUCCACAGUAAGGAGAUUAUCGCCAUUAGCUGCUCGUGGUGCAAGCAGGCUUUCCACAACAAGGUGACGUGUUUCAUGCUGCAACAGAUCGAGGAACCUUGCUCUCUGGGCGCACAUGCCGGGGUCAUUGUACCUCCUUCUUGGAUUAUUAAAGUCAGGAAGCCACAGAGCUCGUUCAAAAACUCCGCUCGGAGGAAAAAACGGACCUCUUUCAAACGAAGAACCAGCAAAAAGGGCACAGAUGAGGCGAAAUGGCGACCGUUUAUGUUGAAGCCUGUGCCUUCCCCACUAAUGAAGCCUGUGCUGGUAUUCGUUAACCCUAAGAGUGGGGGAAAUCAGGGGAACAAGUUACUGCAGAUGUUCAUGUGGAGUCUGAAUCCUCGGCAGGUGUUUGAUCUCUCCCAGGGAGGGCCUAGAGAUGCGUUGGAAUUGUACAGGAAAGUGCCAAAUCUUCGCAUCCUUGCCUGUGGAGGUGACGGGACGGUGGGCUGGAUCCUAUCUGUGCUGGACGAACUACAGAUGAACCCACAGCCUCCCGUGGCUGUUCUUCCUCUUGGCACAGGAAAUGACCUCGCCAGGACACUCAACUGGGGGGGAGGUUACACGGAUGAACCGGUGUCUAAGAUCCUGUGUCAUGUUGAGGAUGGAACCGUCGUCCAACUCGACCGAUGGAAUCUGCAGGUGGAGUGUUCACCUGCACAGCCUGAGGAGGGGACACAGAAGCUUCCUCUGAACGUAUUCAAUAACUACUUCAGUCUUGGCUUUGAUGCUCAUGUCACUCUCGAGUUCCAUGAAUCUAGAGAGGCCAACCCUGAGAAAUUCAACAGCCGUUUCCGCAACAAGAUGUUCUAUGCAGGGGCUGCCUUUUCUGACUUCCUACAGAGGAGCUCCAGGGACCUGUCCAAGCACGUCAGAGUGGUGUGUGAUGGAACAGAUCUCACAGCCAAGAUCCAGGAGCUGAAGUUCCAGUGCAUUGUCUUCUUAAACAUUCCCAGGUACUGUGCAGGGACCAUGCCCUGGGGUAACACAGGUGACCACAGAGACUUCGAACCUCAGCGGCACGAUGACGGCUGUAUUGAGGUCAUCGGCUUUACUAUGGCCUCCCUGGCAGCACUUCAGGUCGGAGGUCAUGGCGAGCGACUGCAUCAGUGCAGAGAAGUGAUUCUCACCACCUACAAAACAGUGCCUGUGCAGGUGGAUGGAGAGCCAUGUCGCUUGGCACCAUCCACACUCCGUAUAUCGCUCCGUAACCAAGCCAACAUGGUGCAGAAGAGCAAGAGACGCACAUCUGUUCCACUGCUCAAUGACAUUCAGAAAGUGUGCGCAGCUGAUCUGCGCCGCCUCUCUGCUCCCCCUGACUCCUUCUCAGUCCCUCAUGCAGUGCCUGAACGCCUACGACUGCGUGUCAAUCGCAUUGGCUGGCAUGAAUACGAAUGCUUGCAGUUGGACAAGGAGCGACUGCGAGAAGUCUCGACCCCUGUUGGCAUCGUGGUGGUAAGAGGAGACUGUGACCUAGAAACAUGUCGACUCUACAUUGACAGACUGCAGGAGGAUCUGCAUCAGACGCUUUCUGUUGGCCAUAGAGUGCAUUAUCAGGAUGAGAGCGGAGGUUUUUCCUGGCCUGCUUCUGCACACAGACUCUCCACUAACUGGAGUUUUUUAGACUCUACAUCAGCUGACCGCUUUUACCGUAUAGAUAAGGCUCAGGACCAUCUGCAUUUUGUGACAGAGAUUUGCCAGGAUGAUCUGUUCAUCCUGGACCAUGUACCAGCAAUGAGCCAGACCAGAGUCCCUGAAAUGCCAGACGUUGUGGUGGAGCCCAGCUCAGGGGUUUCACUGACAACAGAAGAACAAGCUUUACUGACUGCUGCAAGCUCAGGUGACCUGCCCAUGUUGUCUAGCUCAUGCAGUAGUGGUCUCAGCUUUUUGGUUAGGGACACAGGAGGACAUUCGGCUCUGCACCUCGCCUCUCAGAAUGGCCAUGCUGACGUUGUGAGCUUUAUCCUGCAACACGUUUCUAAGUUGAUCCUGGAUCUAACCGACAAAGAGACCGGUGAUACAGCACUUCACAAAGCGGCCUGUGGUAGACAUUAUGACGUCUGUAAACUGUUGCUGGAGGCUGGGGCUUCACGCAACAAAACAAACUUCAUGGGGAAAACUCCCAAAGACUGUGCUCAGGAAGCUGGAGACACUGAUUUGGCCUCCUAUCUGGAGAGCAAGGAGUCUGAACAGCCAGCCACACGUGAGGAUUUAGAGACGGCUGUGUGAAGAGACACUAGGAAACUUGGAUCCUUCCGCAGACGCCGGCUUUCACAGCUCAUGAAAGUACUGGAGUCCACUUUCUCACAUGUAGAGAGAGAGAGAGAGAGAGAAAGAGAGAGAUAGAGUGAGAGUGAAAGAGAAGGAAACUGAGAAAGAGAGGUGAGAAGGUCACAUUAAUGACCUAAAGAGGCCUCAUAGAGACACAGAUGGGAGCCCUUUCUAGAGCAGAAACCCUUAAGGAGAGAGAAAAAAGUUGGUGCUUCCUGGGGAUCACUGUGGGGUUAGAAUGAGUUUGGGCAGAUUUGCAUUGGUAUUUAUUUAUUGCUUAUUUAUUGAUUUAUUUAUUGAAAGACUGAUUGUACUUACUUUAAUACACAUUGUUUUCCUUUUAUGAAGCCUGUGUACUGGUAUAGUGGUAUGAGGUAUUAGAUACAAUGCAAAUAGCACAGUGCAGUUUCCGGAAAUGAAUGUGGCCAUGGCACCAUGACGGCGCUAUAGAGAGGAGUAUCAGGCACACAAGACACUGCUGCCUAAGCCAGCUAUCUCUCCCAUACACCAUGUUGUGUAUGUGUAGUUGUGUAUUUUCAUUCAUUAUUACAAUUGAACUGCCAACACAGGCAGGUGAAGGCCACAAGCUUCCUCUCAGGCAUGAGGAGUUUGCCACCUUAACCAAAUGCACUAUUGGCACUAAUUGUCAGUACAUAUUACAGUAAGUACUUACACCAUUAGUCAGACCAACUUAUCCAGAGCAACUUACAUUGAUCUCAUUUAUACAACAGAGCAGUUGAGGGUUAGGGGCCUUGCUCAAGGGCCCAACAGUGGACGAUUGGCAAUGGUUGAACCCACAAUUAGCGGUCCAACAGCAUAACCACUGAGCUACCACUUGUGAUUGCCCCGGACCUAUACACCUCCUAUUUUGUUCUGUUUUAACAUAAAAAUGAUGCAAUGAUGUGCCUCUUAUUCUAGAAAUGUCUUUGCAUUUCUUCAUUUAAAAAGUGGUUGCCUCAUCUGAAAUAAAAAUAAGUCAGUUAUUCCAUAUCAGAACAAGUUAAUGUUUGACAGUCAUUCAGUGUGUGGGGAAAACCUGUUAACAUUAUUUAUGUACAUACAGUACAUAGGAUUUAACUAUAUUCUGACAUCUGAUUUUUUUUUUUUUGUUUUGCGUGCAGUGACAGUUAUUGUGACAGUGAAUUAUUUAUAUUAAGAAACAAAAGAUCAUAAUCUGAGCCAUAUUCAAUGCAAUAUGAAUAGAUGUCAUAUGUGCAUUAAUCUCUUAAUUUUUUUUUUGCAUUACAUUAAUGUUAAAAGAUAAAUAGUUGUCUAAGGCACCUACAAGCUAAGUGAUGGGACUUUUCAUUUCUUUUUAGUGAUGGUAGAGGAUUUGUGUCACCUUGUCAGUCAUAACAACUUUUUUUAGUUAAUUUUCUUAGCACUCCAACAUUCUGUUUCAUAUUGUGGCAAAAUGGGUAAAGCAAGAGCAGCGAGGUUUCAGUCAGACAAACGCAGCAUGUGCAUAUCCUCUGAUCAGAAAACAUGAAACAGCAGCUUUUGGUGUUUAUUUUGGUAAGCCUGCAAAAACUAAUAGUGGCCACAUACUGUUGCAUCAAAAACAAUGGCGAAAAAUACUAAAAUAAAGCAUUUGCAUGAAAAUGGUCGUGAUGGAAACUUGUUACACCUGCUGUGAGAGUGGUUUAUAUAUAUUACUGAUCUGCUGUUAUUUUGUAUUAUUUGUGAUUUUAAUGUGCAUGAGAUUUUGUUACCAAGAUAUUUCUGCUCAAUUAUGAGGUUAUAAAAUGGCAUUAUUUCCGUUACUUUUUUUUUGUUAAACAUAACUUAUUAAAAGUACUUGCUUAAUAUUUUUUUUUAUGAUUGUUUAAAUUAUGGGAAUACUUGAAUGAUGUAUAUUUUUUCAUUUCCAAUUGUAUAUUUUAGUGUCAUCACUCUUAGUGGACUAAUGAUGUGUUAGCUAGACCUCAAGUCUCAGAUAUUGGGGUGCAAGUCAUUAAAGAAUGAACACAGCAGAACAUACACUUGAUGUUCAUUCCUUCAAUGGAAAUCAUCACAUAAAUAUACUUUGUUUGAUGAUUGAGUAAGACAAUAAAAUGAA